AUGCUUCGUAGGACAUCCCCUUCUUACUUGUUUUCUCUUCCCCCAUGUCAUGACCUUACCAUUGACAAAACAGAUGACAUAAUGGCAGGAGUGAAGUCUACCGCGCUCCUUUUUGGAGACAAAACAAAAUAUUGGUUGACCGGCUUUGGAACCGCUGCCAUUGCUGGUCUAGCUAUUACUGCUACUGCUCUGCACUUUGGAUGGCAAAUUGGCACUCUAAACAUAGAUGACGGAAGCGACUGUUGGAAAAAGUUUCGAUCUAACCGAUGGAUGGGCAUCAUACUAUUUUCGGGAAUUGUCGCAAGCACCCUGCUGAAAGAAGAUAAAAACUCUGAUUUCAAACUUGAAAAUGACGAAGACAAUGAAGUUUGA